GGUUCUCCCGACGUUCGUUUCGCCCUUCCCUCUCUCUCGCUCUCUGUACACGUUAGUCGAUGUGCGUUGUCCGUGUGUUACGCGCGCGUGGUCCACAAGCUCCCAAGAUCAAGCUUUAAUCGAUCACGGGGAGUAUCACGGGGUGUACGGAGAGCCAGUAACGUCGCGGCAUCCGGUCACGCACCGUCGAGCAAAAUAAAAUAAAAAUCAAAACAACCAACGCUCUCGCGAUCUUAAUGACUCUUCGUCUUUCUCCCCCUAUGUGCGUCUGUUUUUUUUAACACCUUCGCACACAUUCCGUCUACGAUGUUUUUUUAAAUAUUCGAUCUAAAAUCGUGCGAUGAAGAGGAUUAUAAACUAUAUGAUUUUUUAACCGCUGUUAUUCGAGUGAAAAUAAUCGUGAUUCGUAUUGUGCAAUAACUCGAUCCCGCAAAAACUGCGAAUUUUUUACCCCUGGACUGCGUCAAAAAUUCAUUGUUUUUUUUUUUUUUAUUAUUCAAAUGAGAAAAACCGACGUUUCUUCUCCUCGUGGACAGUUUCUCGCAACUACAUAUUUUGCGAGGAUUAUUUUGAGAUCUAGUGUUUUCUGAGUGUAACGGAAUUGUUGUUUUUUUUUGCGCGUCUCUUUGCCGCAACGCGGUGCUCGAUGGAAGAUUUUCUACUGGGACGAGCAAAUCUACAAUUCAAUAUGUUGAGGGAAUGACAUUCGAAAAAAAAGUUUGAAAACGCGCGUUUGCUUUUACCGAUGAGCGAGAGUAGCUGAUUGUUUAGUUAUUUUCCGUCGGCGACGCUGAGAUUUCCAGUGAAUUGUCACCAUUUUUCGGAAGCCACAAAACUGCGGGGAUCAAAUUCGUGGAAGCUGAGGAUACGGCGACCAAUAACGAGGCGGGAGGUGGAGGAAGGAGAGAAAAAGAGAGGCCGAGCUAGGAUUUUUCACAUCGGCGGGUAGGAUCGAAGUGUGGCUAUCGAACGGGGGGACUCUGUCUGAGGGAAAAGUCCUCGAAAACGAAAGGACCGAAUACUAUGAACGAAGCUGUCUCGACAUUGGCGGCCAUCACAGGAGACGAUGACGAGGCACAAAAGCAGCGGGGAACGUGGAUUAUAAAGUUCGAAGCUGCCGCAUCGGUGGGCAAUAUUUUAAUUGACAACUGAAGCACGAAAAAUGAGGAUAAAUCGUGGAGGAAUAGUAUCGAAAAAUAUCACGAUUCGGGGAUAUUAGAGAGUCGAAAAACGAGGAGGAAACAGGGGAGAAAAAUUGGUGAAAGUCGCCCAUCGAUGUGAUCGCGAGCAACGAUGAUGUACUGAGGGGAAAAAACGCGAACGAGAACGCGAGAAAGAGAGAGAGAGAGAGAGAAACGAAGAGAGAAAUUGAAAACAAAACGGUCUAAGUAAUGAUCAGUGAGGGAACAAGAGGGCCGAGGAAAAUCGCCGCUUCCGAGAGGAUAAACGGUCACGAAAACGAGGGACGGUUGGCCCCGACCGACCGAAGCGGCCCGAGACGAAAUAAAUCGGGGAGUCGUGUCCUCGCGAAAAUCCUCGUCGGCCUUUGCCUCAUAAACGGGGUCCGAUCGGGCUCCGUUCGCAGCUUCGACAAACUGAAAGCUCUGGUAAACGCGCCGAGGCCAGCACCCCCUUUCGGCCACUGUGACUUCGAGACUCUCAACUGCGACUGGUCCUGGAAUCGUACAGGUAGUUUUUUACGGACGAAUGCGAACGCGACGAAAAGUCGCCCGUUGGGGCCGCACACGGACAGCAGUGGAGCCGAGAGAGGUUAUUUUCUGUGGCUCGGCGGACCAGCCUCGGACAAAAUAUGGUCGAAAAGGAUUCCGCCUACUGGCGCGCGGUGUCGUCUCGAGGUAGGAAUGCAUCAGGUCGAAAUGGAAAACGGUACGAUACAAAUGGUCAUCGAGACGGAAAAUCACACGAGCUGGGUCACGGCGGACAGCUACAGGAACAACAAAGGAGCGUGGGAACAAAGCAGCUUCAACCUCGGAGUCAAAAGCCAGCCUUACCGAGUUUUCUUGGAAUUUUUAGCGCCUUAUGACAACUCGAGCAUCGCGAUCGACGAUAUUCGACUCGUCGACUGUUUUCCAGAAUCAACUACAUAUUAUAGCUCGAAUUGUACGGGCAAGUUCAAUUGCAAAAACGGUUCGUGUUUGAACAAGAGUAGAGUCUGCGAUUUGACGCCCGACUGCGCCGACGGCGAGGACGAAAUGGCUGACUGCGACAAGAUCCCGGAAACGGCGAGAUGCAACUUCGAGCACGGCUGGUGCGGCUGGCGGAACAGAACUGACAGAGUUUUGAACUGGACUUUGAACCGCGGAGAGAGCGGAACAAUCGGAACGGGACCGAGUUAUGAUCACACAUAUCGCAACGAAACAGGAACAUACGCCGUUGUCAUACUGACGAGAACAGUGCCCUACGGGAGUCAAGGAACGUUGGAGAGUCCGAUAUUCAAUCCGAUUCCACCGUACACGAGCGACCCGAAGAGUCCCUAUUACAGAUCGUGUCAAGUGCGGUUUUUCUAUCACCGAAACGGCGGUAACAGCAUCUCGUUGGGUCUGUAUUUGGUUCAAAUGAAGCCACACGAAAACGAGACUAAAACUUUGUGGUGGUCCUACGGGAACCAGGGCAACGUGUGGUACAACCACGCGGUUCCACUUUUGGAUAUAAAAUAUCGGUACUUUUUUCAAUUCGAAGCCAGCAAGGGCUACGUCAACCCGGGAGAGGCGGCGAUCGACGAUUUUUCUCUGAGCCCCGAGUGCUUUGGGAUCGGCGUUCCGCCGGAAGUUGUGAAAGACUUCAAUUAUUACAACCCCGUAAUUGGUUCAGAAAUGCCAACCGAGCGGCACGCAGAUUUCGCCAACAAAACUGUCGUGAAAGUAACGACGUGCGGGGCAACCGGUCGAACGGGUCCAACGCCGCAACAGUGUGCCCGGGAAUACAACAAUACCGACUCGAAUCCUUCGAAAAAUUCGGUUAUGAGAGUUGCUCCAACGUCCAUCGCCAGUUCUGCACCAACCAUCGACUUGACUGGUAUUCAACACUGGAGCGCACCUCGAGGGGGUUAUUACACUUUGAUCGCAGUCGGAGCGAGAGGUGGCCGCGGUUCCGGUGGCAUGGGGAGCACGUUGGGUGCCCUGGUCCGGGGUGUGAUAGAGUUAGAAAAGGGAGAGACACUUUAUUUCCUGGUUGGUCAAGCGGGGAUGGACGCGUGUCCGAAUAAGAUCGGUCUUCAGAGCAGCGACUGUCAGCAGACGUCGAAUCGCUCGAGUUCGGAGUCGGGCAUGUCAGGGGCUUUGUUCAAGAUUUACGACGUCAAAAACAUGGAAUGGAACGACGGUGGAGGCGGCGGAGGAGGCGCGACUUACGUUUUCAUGGUGAAAGAUUCGGGCGAAUACGAGCCGAUUCUCGUGGCCGCAGGCGGCGGUGGUUUGGGCCUCGGAAAGUUCAUCAACGACGGGUUCCAACAUGGACGAGGUUUUUUGACGGGGAAAUCGAACUCCGGUGCUGGAAAUAUAACUCGACAGGCCGCAGGGGGAAUCGGAGGCGGGUGGAACGACGGAACGCCAUCGAGCAAUGGAACCGGCGGUGGAUGGCCGGGUAUGUCGUUGUUGAAGGGUGGUCAGGGCGGGCAGGGAUGCAGUAAAAAUCCGAAAGGUCACGGAGACGGCGGUUUCGGGGGCGGCGGCGGGGGUUGCAAGACGGGCGGUGGCGGCGGAGGAUUCAUCGGAGGAAAAACUGGGCCUCGGGAGUACGGAAACGGCGAGGGAGGUUAUUCGUACGUAUCACCGAGACUUUUGCACACAAAUUAUCGAAUAGGAGUCGAUCACGGGCCUGGGGAAGUGACGAUCGUCCCGGACAUCAGUGGCUGCGGUUGUGAUUUCCGCUGCGUGGCUCUGGACCUCCGUCUGAGCGAGACCAAAUGUCUGUGUCCGCCGGGCUGGGAACUUGGCAACGACUCGCAAUCGUGCAUCGUUGCGGAUGAGUCGAACGUGGCCCAUCAGACAUUCAUGAUCCUACUGAUAGUCGGAAGCAUAAUAUUGCUCUUCGCGUUAUCAGCACUGUGCGUUCUUCUGUACAAUCGAUAUCAGAACAGAAAAGCGUUGCUGAGACAACGACAAGUCAUGUUCAAUGGGCUUGACACCUUUUUUCCUGGCUCCCGGCGCUUUACUGAGUACAAUCCGAAUUAUGAAUUCGAUGGUAAAUUAUACAGCAUCAAAGAUUUGCCGCAGAUACCACGUGACAGCAUCAGUUUUGUUCAACCUCUCGGGCAAGGAGCGUUCGGGGAGGUGUUCCAGGGGAUUUACAAGUACAGGAGAACCGAGGAGCAUCCGGUGGCGGUGAAGACACUGCCGUUGGCUUCGACGCCUCAAGCGCUCUGUGAUUUCAUGAUGGAAGCUUUGAUAAUGAGCAAAUUCAACCACCCGAACAUAGUGCAAUUCAUCGGGAUAUCAUUUGACAAACAUCCUCGUUACAUUAUUCUCGAAUUGUUGGCUGGUGGGGACCUGAAGAAUUUUCUGCGCGAGGAGAGGCCGAGACCGAAACGGCCAACGAGUCUGACGAUGCUCGACCUCAUAAUGUGCGCUCACGACGUCGCCAAGGGCUGCAAAUACAUGGAGAGCGAACGUUUCAUCCACCGCGACAUAGCAGCGAGGAAUUGUCUCUUGACCUGCAAAGGCCCAGGACGAGUUGUCAAAAUAGCGGACUUCGGAAUGGCCAGGGACAUCUACAGGAGCGAUUAUUACAAAAAAGGUGGCAAAGCCAUGCUCCCGGUCAAAUGGAUGCCGCCGGAGAGCUUUCUCGACGGUAUUUUUACGACGAAAACGGACGUUUGGGCCUUCGGAGUUCUCCUCUGGGAAAUCAUGUCCUUCGGUUACAUGCCUUACACCGGAUGUGCUAACCGCGAAGUCAUAUCGAUGGUGACGACCGGCGGACGAUUGGAAAGACCGGCCGGUUGUCCCGAUCCGAUCUACGGAUUGAUGACCAAAUGCUGGCAUCCCUCGCCGGACGAGAGACCCAGCUUUGCAACGAUCCUCGAAAGGAUCGGCUACUGUUUGCAGGAUCCGGAUGUCAUAAACCAUCCGAUGCCAAAAUACGACAUUCUGCCGCCUUCCGAGCGGGAAAUACCGAUAAUGAGACCGGAUCCGGAAACGGAAUGCAUCAACGUGCAUCCGGACCCUGAAGGUUGUGGUUACAUGCAACCGAGAACAGUUUUCUGGCCGUCGGGAUAUCGAAUGGGGCCUAUACCCGGCGGUAUAGUUUGUCCUUCGAUGAGGCACUGCGACGAACGCGAUGUCGAAAACGUCCAGGAAACUACCUUCACCGAGUCUAAGCACCACGACGACGAGGCCGAAGAUAUGAUGAAACAGUUUCGAACGAUCGAUAACGCGCUCAACAAUUGUCCGACUCAGGGACUGUGCAACGAGAAGAGAGCGGAAAACGACAACGCGAGGAUGCAAAUACCAGAGGAAUUGAGGGACAUCGAGGGUAACGUGGAAUCGAGGAAUUUAAAUUCGCGAGGUUUGAGCAUCGAUGGAAACAUGAGCAACGGUAAUACGGAGAAUGGUACAAGAACGUCGACGACGACGGAGAGUAAUAUGGAACGACAACAAACGAGAUCGCAACCCGAGACGGUCGUCUCGUCCCCGAACACGCGCACCUCGUCCCCGAAUCACGUUAUCGCUAACAGCAACGCGAAUAACUUCAACGGCAUCAUACGAAAGAAUGCACUCAAAGCUGCGCUCAGCCUCGACCCGAGCACUCUAUAUCGAGGAACAAUACCUUACGAGAAAAUUGCUUUUACGACACCUCCGGCUCGUCUCAGUAACCCUGGCAGCGUUGAAUUACGAAAGAAUUUUUUCACGUGAUCGAUAAAGGACUCGAUCGGUCACGAUUUCGCGCGUGCGGAGGAAUGUUCCUGCUGAGACGAGUCGACGGGGGACGAAUGACGCGACACAUCCGACGAGUCGUUCCCUGAUUGCGAAGAGUGUAUUAUCGAGAUGAGACAGUUGCAGCGAUCAUCGACGAUGCCGACGAUCAAAUUGCACGCGGCUCCAGCGAGCGAGACUCGCGGUUUGUGCAAGAGCUCGCGAAACUCAUCGGACGAAACGCUCAUUUGAUCGUCACCUCGACAAGGAAAAAUUCAUGAAAAAUCGAUAAAUAACAGGGAGUAUUUGAUAGUGUCAUUAAGUUUCUCUACUCAUUUUCAUUUGUGAUACUAAAGCCAGGAGAAAAUGAAAAGUCGAAUUUCCGGGAGGAUCUUUAUUUCCUCUUCCUAGACACGAGAGCUAAAUCGUAGAUUUUCCAUCCUCCCGUUCAGCGAUCUUGGGCAUUUCUAUUUUUUAAGCUAAGAAAAACAGAUAAUUGUACGACUGGCGAACAAAUAACGAGAUAAAAUCACAACGAACCAAUCGCUGAAACGCGUCAUGCCCCGAACGUUUCUAGAAGAGAAACGUGAUGAAAAUCAAUGUUAAAAAUAUGAUUUUGCGUCGAAGAAGCGUUGCGUAAAACGAUAAUUUUUUGGCUAACGAAAAAUUAUUCUGUUGGAUUUGAUCGAGUUGAUCUCGAUAGCUCAAACGAAAAAGUGAAAAAUAUAAGAAAAAAUAAAUACAUAUUUCUCCAUUUUGUAGUCUCGGUACGAGAGCUCACGUGUGCAGCACAAAAUGGUAUAUAAAAAAGAGAAAAUGCAUCGAUGUCUCGACAGACACGAAAUCGCGCUCAUCGGCACCUCGAUGUAGGCAUUUUUUCUCAAUUUAUCAAGUGCUAAUCAUUUUUAGCUUAUUACUGUGUAGUCGCAGAUAAAUGUAGGCAACAAUGGGGAAAAAAAACGAAAAUUUUUUGUCACCAUGUGUUAGAUCGAGAAGAAAAACGAAGCUCCGAGGACGCGCGGGGAUCGUGUAAUAACUGACAAUUGUACGAGCCGUUAGCGUUAUAAAUAAUUGUAAUUGAGAGUGAAUCAAUCGCUCGCCUCGAAACAUAAAAACCCGUUCUCGUGUACAGUAUUAAACGCGAGAAACGAAAAAAGCAUUGAUUUCGUGUCAACCUUUUUCGAUCGUACAAACGCUGGUUGGAAGAAAAAAAGUAAUUUUAUGGAUGCUACGAAAAAGUAUAGUUUCAACAAUUGGCCACAAGCUUUUUAUGUAUUGAAGAGAAAAAAAAAUCGAAUCCCACCCAAAGAACGGGCCUAAAACGUAUUUGUACAUUGCAAGACCCACAACUUCAAGUACGACCUUCAAAAACUUACGUAAGAUUGAGUUUUCUCGUUGAGUAACUGAAAAAACAACAGAAAUUCCGAACGACCUCGAACCUUUUGUAAAGCACUUGACGAGCAGAAUAUUGAAACAAAGAUAAACCCAAAACGAGACAGGUAUGAAACGACAUCGACACGAGCGUUCGCUUUUUUUAUUUGUACAUAAAAGCCCAAAAUAGAGAUAUAAAACCUGUUGGAAGGCGAAACAGAAAGCCCGCAAACAAAAUUCACCUCAACAUAAGAGCACGAAUGAGAAAAAACUUUAUGGACGAAAAAAAUCAAUAAUUAUGAAAAAGUGUACAUGUGCGUACCCGAAAACAAAGUGUAUGUCGUAGAAUGGUUUCUGAUAAACGAAAAAUAAUACAAAAAAACCAUAGUAAAUUAAGAUUUACUACAGUUACUUGUACAGUGGCGAUAUGUAUCUUCCGAAUUGAUUUACAAGUGAUAUUGAUUAGCAAUCGACCCCACCCCUCGAGUUAUCAAGCUCGAUCAUUGCGAACGAAAAUAUGAUUUUUAAGCGCGCAUCGAAUGGAAUUUGUUGUCACUUGGAAACAGCAGCAGAACUUGAAGAAACUGAGAAAUUAUAUAAAUCAUUCGAAUUAGAAUGAAACGAGUUAAAAAAUUAUUUUAAGUUCAUUCAAAAAAGCUGAUACAAAACUAACAACGAAAAAAAACGAAACAACAAUUCGCGAUCAUACAGGUUGAAAGAAAUUAAGAAAUAAGGGGUGAUAAAUAUUAAUCAUAAAACGUGAAAUGAUCGACAUUACUCGAGAGCAGGGAGCCUGGUAUAAGUCUUUUUUAUUUUUAUUAUAAUGAAAUAUUUUACUAACGUAGCUAAUUGGUACCAACUAUUAAUAUACAAAGAUAUAUAUAAAUACAUGAAUAUAUAUAUAUAUAUAAAUAUAUGAAUGAAAAGGAUGGAAAAUAAAAACGAUAAAUCAUGAAUGAAACAUGAAUCAAAAUUUGGAACGUUCUCAGAUCCGUUUUCUAUUCAUCUCAGCAUGUAAAAAACGGUGCCAUUUUUUUCCAAUUCGUUUAUUUUGUAUUUGUGAUUAGAAAAGAAUUAUAUAUUGAUUUUUUUGACACGAACGUGACGUUUCGUGUCGGUUACUGGGAAAGCGGAGAGUGACUUUUCCGACUGUGGGAAAAAUCAUCGCCUUUAUCUCACCGAGCUAUGUGCGAACACGCAAAAGUCAAAAAAUGACAAGAUCACAAACGCUCUUUGCGUAAUGAAAUACCAAAUUUUCUCGAUUCUCUUAUGUUUACCCAUUUCGGAAUUAAUAAAAUAUUUUUUUUUGUUCACGAG